AUCUGUGUAGAAAUAUGGCCAGGACCAAGCAGACCGCCCGCAAAUCUACAGGAGGGAAAGCUCCCCGCAAGCAGCUGGCAACGAAAGCUGCUCGGAAGAGCGCCCCAGCUACCGGCGGCGUGAAGAAACCUCACCGCUAUCGUCCUGGAACUGUUGCUCUCAGAGAGAUCCGCCGGUACCAGAAAUCCACUGAGCUGCUGAUCCGCAAGUUGCCCUUCCAGCGUCUGGUGCGUGAGAUCGCCCAGGAUUUCAAGACUGACCUGCGUUUCCAGAGCUCCGCCGUCAUGGCCCUACAAGAGGCCAGCGAGGCUUAUCUGGUGGGGCUGUUCGAGGACACCAACCUGUGCGCCAUCCACGCCAAGAGGGUGACCAUCAUGCCCAAAGACAUCCAGCUGGCCCGCAGGAUCCGAGGGGAGAGGGCAUAGAUACUCGGCACUCCUAUUCACGCAGCAAACACAAAGGCUCUUUUCAGAGCCACCAAGUCUUUCUAAACGAGCUGUAGCAUAAAUCACCCCUCAGUAUCAGAGUAACAGGAUGCGGAUGAAACCCCGCUCUCCAUCUAUAGCCGCUUCAAAUGACAGGCCAAAUCUAUGAAUCUUAAAUAUAUACUGCAAUGAUAAGCAAG